AUGACUGUUCAUGCUUUACGUCUUGUCGAACUUACUCAACGUAUUUCUGCUGUGAUGAAAUUUAAUGAAACUGAGGAAACUUUGUUACAUGAUCCAAUAAUGAACGUUUUUCGAAUGUUUGGUCAAUUAAAUUUUGUCGAUAUUAAGGCUAAUCUUACAGUUGUUGCUUUUCAUGAUUUUGUCAAAGAAGUAGUUGAGAAUACAAGAAAAACGAGUUCUGAUCUUGUUAUAAUUCCAUGGGAUGGUGCUGGUGCUGUAAUGAAUGAUGAUUCUUUUGAAGAAAUAAUUGGUCCUCGUGGAAGGCUAUUUAAAGGUCGUGAAAGGAAAGAGACUAGUCCACAAAUUUCGGCUUUUGUACAAGGUGUAUUUAACGAGGUUCAUGCAAAUGUUGGCUCUUUCGUUGAUAGAGGAUUUGGUGUUAAAUCAUCACAACAAGGAAGUACUCCGAAUUUAUCAGUUCACGUAUUCUUACCAUUUUUUGGAAGUAUAGAUGAUAGAGAAGCUCUGAUAUUCGUUGUUAGAUUAUUAGAACAUCCUCAUAUCACUGUAUCUGUAGUUCGAGUAAGGACACAAGAUGAUCACAACACUGAUAUUCAAGAAGGAAUCCAAGAAGGACUUCAAGAUAGAAUUGAAACAAUUCAAGAAAGCAUUACUGAUUCCGUUGAUAAUAAUGAGAAUUCAAAUGCUGAUAAUUCAAAUAAAGCACCUAUGCGGCCUCCUAUGGUGCAUACUAAAUCAUCAUCUUCAGUUCAAGUGUUGACACAAGGUGAUAAGAGAGAGCCCGAAUCAAUUGAUAGUGCUUUAUUAGCACAUUACUUUAGUUUAAAAAAUGGUAUAUUAUGUAACAAUGAUCGUAUAAGUUAUACUGAAGUCGUAACUACAACUCCUUUAGCAACAGCCAUAGGGAUUGCAAAUGAAAAGGCUAAUAAUGGUAAAGAUUUGAUUGUAUUGGGACGUCGUAGAACAGCACCAGCAAUUUAUCGAAAAGAAUUCAUGAGCAUGGGUAAAAGUUAUGGUAAUGAAACUAGGAAAUGUUUGGGUAUUGUUGCUGAAGCAUUUAUGAUUAGUGAAGUAGAAGCAAGUAUUCUUGUUAUACAAGGAAAAAAUGGUGUGAGAAAAACUGUUGCUAUAUAA